CAAUUUACGGAUGGACCCUGCUGGAUGCCUUUUCUGUCGCAGGAGUGUCCCGACGUCAGGGCUGAACAUGUUCUAUAAGUUUAACGGAUUCACGCAGAGACUGAGUGGUGGGGCUGGGCCUGUGGCCUAUUGCCCGCAGGGGUUGAAGCCUCUAGUUUCCACAGAAACUCCCACUAUGAUUUUUGCUACACCCACAAAACCCAUAUCUGAAUUGGAAGGAGGAGGAAUGCACUUCUUAGGACGGAAUAAGGUGCCUGAUUUCCAGCAAAUGUUUCAGAAGCCAGAUGGUUUGCCAGUACAUUUAAAGCGAGGUGUCCCUGAUCGACUACUAUACAGGACUACAAUGGCUUUGACGAUUGGCGGGACCAUUUACUGCUUGAUAGCGCUCUUUCUGGCAGCCCAGCCCAAAAAACACAACUGAGAAAAAUCUAUUAUUAUUCCAAAAUCUCAACUCAAGGACUGUCAAAUAAUCCUCUGUACAGUUGUAAUCUGUUUACUGAUUUCUAAGUUUAUUUCUAGCAGUUUAUCUAAAAUUUGGACAUGAGAUUGACCAAUCAACUUUAAUCUGUGAUUUGGUGGGAAUUCCAAGGCCCAGGAUUCUGCCUAAUUUUAAUGAUUAGGUUUGAUAGAAAUUGUCAUUGAAUCAUGUGAAGUGCUCGAGAAAAUGUAUUUAAAAUUGAUUAGGUGAAUAUAACAUAGUGCCACAGAUGAUGGGACCUGGAAGUUUUUGCACUUGCCACGAAGACCAUCAGAACAGAUGUCUAUCUUGUGAGGAACUCUUAUUCAUCAUUGUCAUAAUAUUUUGUGCAAAUGAUGUGCAAUCUCAGUUAUAUUUGUGCUGCUAAAAUAAAGUUCUAAAAGUGAA